UCAUUAAUUUUAGUUAACUGCAUUGCAAUUGUUUUUCUCGAGGGUAUUUUCCAUCUUUGUUUUUUGUUUACAAAAGUACUUUGCAAAAAAAAAAAAUGGGUAAUAAAUCUUCAUUGUUACUGCGUCCCGAGGAAAUUGCGCAAAUUCAAGAAGAAACUGGUUUUACACCCAAUCAGAUUGAACGUUUAUAUUCACGUUUUACUUCACUGGAUCGUGGUGAUUGCGGUACACUAUCACGUGAUGAUUUUUUACGCAUACCAGAGUUGGCGAUUAAUCCAUUAUGUGAACGUAUCGUGCAUGCAUUUUUUGAAGAAAGCACCGAGGAUCGUGUAAAUUUUCGGCAAUUCAUGAACGUUUUGGCACAUUUUCGUCCAAUUAAUAAUAAAAAAGAAAAUAAACUUAACAGUCGUGAAGAUAAAUUGAAAUUUGCCUUUAAAAUGUACGAUUUGGACGAUGAUGGCGUUAUUAGUCGUGAUGAAUUAUUAAGCAUUCUUCAUAUGAUGGUCGGAGCGAAUAUCAGUCAAGAUCAAUUGAUUAGUAUAGCUGAACGUACCAUUUUAGAGGCCGAUUUAUGUUGUCAGGGCAAAAUAUCAUUUGAAGAUUUUUGUAAAGCCCUUGAGCGUACCGAUGUUGAGCAGAAAAUGUCUAUACGUUUUCUUAAUUAAUUUAAUUUCUAAGAUAUUUCAAGUCUUCGAAGAAAUAUCGCUUAUGAUAUAGAAGUGAUUCUAAUUGAAAUGUUUCCAAAAAAAAAAAAAAGUAUUAAAUAUUGUGCAUUGUUUUUUUUUUAUAGUUUAAUUGUUCUUUUUUCUGUUUUUGAACUUUUUUCAAAUUGUUAUUGGACUUCCAUUCCUUCUUAUGUAUUAAACGUGAUUGCGAGAAAAUAAAUUUUCAAUAAUUAAAACAAUUUUGUCAUCUAUAUGACAAUGUGUAUAUAGCGUUUAAAGUAAUGCAUUAAAAUAAAAAGAAUUGAAGAAACAGGAAAA